CUGAACCCUAGCAACCGCUUUCGAGUCCAUAGUAACCGUUAAGACUGGCUGUGUUUGUCGCAGCAGUUUCCCUCUGAACGUCGGUUGUUCUGUGUCCCUAAACUAACAGCUUUUGUCAUGGAGGAGGAGGAGAAGAAGGUGUCGCUUCCAGUGAGGCAAAUUUUCGUCAACGACGUCCACACGUACGUGUCGAGGCACGUCGCCCAGAUCAUAGGACAGGUUGAAGCUCCUGACGAGUCGGAGGAAGAAGACAUGGAAGAUGAGUCGCUCAGUUCCCGCGAAGAAACUUUACAAGUCGUGGGAACUUCCGUUACCGAGGAGAAAGUAGAGAAUCUACACCAACUGUAUGUGUCGCCAAGCAGAGAGGAGCUGGAGCAGGUGCUGCUGGAGUGCGAUGUUGUGGUUUACUGCGUCACCGAAAGUGCAACUCCGGAGCAGAUUGAAGAAGCAACAUGGGCAAUAUCAGUCCUUCAGAAUCAAAUGGCAAGCUUCGAAACCCGGAGAUAUUUCAUCCUCGUCUCCACAUUGAUGACUUGGACGAAUUUCAGGCUUUCAGAAGGCACUGACCCAGGUCUCCCGUUUUUGGAAGAAGAUUUUCUCAGAAGAAGACCUCAUCCCAAGUUCAGGAAACACAAUGACCUGGAGAAACUUGUGCUCAAGUGUCCGCGAGGUAAAAUAUCUAAGCUCAAAGGUUACGUUGUAUGUGCUGGAUUUCAGUACGGAAUGGGAGAAAAUCUCUUCCACUACUUUUUUAAGGUUUCAUGGUUAAUGGAGGAGCCAAAGGUUCCCAUAUUUGGAAGUGGUGAAAAUUUUAUUCCCAUGAUUCAUGUUUGUGACCUUGGAAGAGUGGUUCAAGGCAUCAUUAAGGUGAAGCCAAGUCCAAGGUACAUCAUCGCCGUUGAUGAUUCCAAGACCACCUUGGAGGAAGUUGUAAAGACUAUUAGCGAUGUGCUCGGACCAGAAAAAAUCUGCAAGUUACUUCCCGAAGACGCCAUCAAAAGGAACGCUUUUAAGCCGGAAGAACUGGAGUGUCUCAACGCCAACCUGCGAGUGGAAGCAUCUAUAGUGAGCGACUAUUUACCCUUUGACUGGACCAGUGAAGAGGGACUUGUGAAAAACAUCAAGAGCAUCGUGAAGGAAUACAAAGUCACAAGACAGCUUUUCCCGAUUAAGAUCUGCCUGACUGGCCCUCCGGCGGUGGGGAAGACGACUCUCGCCAUGAAGCUCUGCCAGUACUACAAACUUCAUUACAUCAACGUCAACUACAUGUUUGAUGAGAAAAUUUCUCAGCUGGAGACGAUGAUAGCGACUGAGGAGUAUGAAGAAGACAUUGCUGAAGACGCCGUAGCUGCUGCACAGGACCAACUGGAAAACAUCCAGAAGACUCUGCAGGAUAACCAAGGUGUUCUGACUGAAGACCUGAUUUUUGAGAUUCUGCGUGAAAAGCUUUACUCUAAGGGAUGCAGGAACCAAGGCUUUGUUCUGGACGGCUUCCCUGAGACGAUGGAGCAGGCAAAGACGGUUUUUGCUGAUGAGAGUCAGGAGAACCAGGAUGUAGAUGUUCUCUCCAAUAUGCCGUGGUAUAACAAGAUCAUCACCCCAGAGUACAUUUUUAACCUCGAAGCACCAGAUGAUUUCCUGAUCAAGCGAGUGCAAGAGCUUCCAGAGAGCAAAGCUGAGAAGUUGCGCUACACUCAGAACGAAUUCCCGUCUUGCCUGGACGCAUACCGGAGACUCUACAGAGCUCCAGUAACCUUGUUGGACUUUUACGAUCACCGGGAACUCCAUCCAGAAUAUUUAGACAUCAGCACAGAUGAUUCGGACUACACUUGUUCUAUGCAGAAGAUUAUUGAGAUUAUAGGGGAGCCCAAGAACUACGGCGGGACCCCAGAGGAGCAGGAGGCGCUGAAGAGACGGAAAGAGGAAGAGAGAAAGCAGAAACUGGCAGCGGAGGCAGCAGAGAGGAAGGAGAGGAAGGCGGCUGCUCUGGCUGGCAUGACGGGUCAUUACGAGAGAUGGAAGAAGAGCCUGGGGAUGGUGGUGGAACAGGAGGCUGAAAUGUCGGAAGCCAAAGCUCUUCCUCUCAGGAACUACCUGAUGAAGUAUGUGAUGCCUUCGCUGGGCGAGGCCAUGCUGGAGUGCUCCAAGGUCAAACCAGAGGACCCCGUCGACUUCCUGGCUGAGCAUCUUUUACGGAACAGCACAGAAGACUGAAUGACAUCAGAUCGAAACGUCAUGGACAAAUCGACAUGAUCGAUGGUGAGUGACUCAGUCCUGACUCAGAUGCAGAGCCAACACUUACUGGAAGAAGGAUGUUUCCAGCGUUUCCAGUAAAGAUGCAAUAACAAUGUAGAAAGUUCUAGAGCUCACAAAAACAAUCAAAUCAAGAUCUGACUGUGUUUUCCAGCUGAGCAGAAAUAUAAUGCAGUAUUCUGUGUUUUAUCACCAAAGCAAAAGGAACAAAUGUGAAAUUUCUUUUCUUGGCAAUAAUCAAAAAUAUCACAGAUCUGAGGCAUUCCACUGGUAAAGCCUCCAGUUCACCACUAGGUGGCGCAGAAAGAUUUUUUUUGGGGAGUAGAAAAAUAUUCUUUGAAUGUCCCAAAGUGGUGAAAUUUUGGUGUAGAAAAAAAAUAUAUAUAAAAUAGUGCGACUGAGUCCAAUAAUUUUUUUUAAAAAAUGCAAAUGUGUGUUUGUGUACAUCUUACCUAAGAUCUUCUCAUAAAAGUAACAGAUCUUGGAGGGAAACCCAGACAAUUAAAAUACAUUUGGUUAUUGUUGCAGGAAUAAUAACUAAAAACUGCCAUCGUAAGUUUGUGUCAGUUGGUAAAAGUUAGUGCUAACAGAAAGUAAAGUCCCUGCGCUGGCCAUCGUUUUGAUCUGAGGCUUUGUAGGAAAUGCAUUGUGAUUUUCUCCAACCUACCAUCUGUUGCAAAUAAAGGAUUUCUUUUUU